AUGAAGAAACAUAAAGUUCCAUGCAAGAAGUUCUAUCGACAAAGAGCUCAUUGCAAUCCUCUUUCGGACAGCUAUAUAAGGUAUCCAGUGAACUGUAGUUACGUGAAUUGGUGUGUUCAUUAUCCACAACUAAGUACACGGGAGCACGAAGACGAUGGUUCACUAUCUCUUUGCGAUGCACAAGUGGAACCGAUAGUCAGGGAAGAGGGAAGUAUUCAGUUGAACACAAAUAAGUACCCAAUCUGUUAUGACAAAAUUGUGCCUAAAAAUAACUUUCUUGGAGAAGUAAGCAUCUUAGACAUAGGAUGUGGAUACGGAGGGUUGCUAUUCUCCCUAAGUAAAAUUUUUUAUGAUAAAUUAAUAUUAGGUAUGGAAAUACGAGACAAAAUAACCAAUUAUGUAGGUGAAAAAAUAAAUUCGUAUAGAAAAAAUUAUAGUCCUCAUUAUAAAAACAUUUCUGUGAUCCGAACAAAUGCUAUGAAAUUUUUGCCAAAUUAUAUAAGUAAAAAUCAAAUUGAGAAAAUAUUUUUUUGUUUUCCUGACCCACAUUUUAAAAAACAAAAUUGGAGAAGAAGAAUAAUUACGAUAGAAAAUUUAUCUUUAUAUUAUUAUAUAUUAAAAAAAAAUGGCCUAAUUUAUUUUAUUACUGAUGUGUAUACAUUAUACUUAUGGGUCAAAUUCUGUUUUAGCAAGUAUCCCAACUUUUAUCUGCUAACUUUGGAAGAAUGCAAAAAUGAUAUUUGUGUGCAGUUAAUACAUGAAAGUUCAGAAGAGUCAAAACGAGUAAAAAAAAAUAAACAAGCCAUGUAUUUUUGCGUUGCGCGAAAGAUGUAG